CUGCUUGCCCCACCCCGCCGCUCCGCCGCCUCGGUGCAGCUCAAUAGGGGGAAGGAAAAAAGAAAAAAAAGGGGGGGGGUGAAGAAAAAAAAAAUGCGGGAGAGAACAGGGAAAAUAAGACGGGGAAAAAUCCUCCCGUGAGAGGCAGGUUUUGUGGUUUUGCUCGGGGGAGAGACCAAACGGGCUUUUUUUUUGGUUUUGUUUUUUUUUUUCCCCUCCCGCUCCCCGGAGAAGCCGAGAGGAUUGAGCCGCCCGGACACCUAAUGUGAAAAAGCAGCAGCAAGGAGAGGGGGGAGAAAUAAAUUAAAAAAGGGGGCCUUGGAUUGGACCCCCCGCCCCGGUGAGGGAGGAAGGACCCACGGCGGCCGGAGGGCGAGGAGCUGCGGCGCCCGGCGAGGGAAGGGGAGCCGAGCUCCGCCGAGAGCCGGCGCUGGCGUGACCCCCUCGGCGCUUCUGCCCGUCGGCGCGAGGGGAGAGGCGAGGAAGAGACGUUUCCCGAUCCUCCCCGCCGAGGAUUUGGGGAGGUUUCCGCGCCUGGAGCCCGUGCCUUUGGAUCUAAAGAGGAUUUUUUUUGUUGGGGGGUGGCACUGAAGCUGGAUUUUUUCCUGUGCGUGUGGCGCGGCGGGGGACAUUUCUAUUCCCUCUAGAGGAGCCGGCGGCCCGGCCGGGGGCGCGGAGAUCCCGCGGAUCGCUCCGCAUCGGGCCCUGCCGCCACCCCCCCGGGGAAAGGUGCGCUGAGGGGAUCGGCGCGGGGCUGAGCGGGGGGGCGGGGGAGGAGAAACAGCUGCAGCUGCCGGGGAGGAGGCCCGGCGGAGCAGCAGCAAAGUCAUCGCCAUCGGCCCCCCCUUGGCUGGCUCCGGACUCGGCUUUCUCCAUGUCUCUGGCUCUGGGCAGCGGCCGCCACAGCAGCGAGUAGGGGGGGAGGAGGAGGAAGAAGAAGGGAGCCCGGGAGAGUGCCUCCCUCCCUCCCCCCGGCAGCCCCGGCCGCCUCCCGUCCCCUCGCCCCGCGUCCCCUGCCUCCCCCUUCCCAAGAUGGGCUGUUUAGGGAACAGCAAGACGGAGGAUCAGCGCAACGAGGAGAAGGCGCAGCGGGAGGCCAACAAGAAGAUAGAGAAGCAGCUGCAGAAGGACAAGCAGGUCUAUAGGGCCACGCACCGGCUCCUCCUGCUGGGUGCUGGUGAAUCCGGUAAAAGCACAAUAGUCAAACAGAUGAGGAUCUUGCAUGUGAAUGGAUUUAAUGCUGAGGAGAAGAAAAUGAAAAUUCAGGAUAUUAAAAACAAUAUUAAAGAAGCUAUAGAGACAAUAGUGACAGCAAUGGGCAAUUUGGCACCUCCAGUUGAACUAGCCAAUCCGGAGAACCAGUUUCGAAUCGACUACAUCUUAAAUUUAGCUAACCAGAUAGACUUUGAUUUCCCGCCGGAGUUUUAUGAACAUACAAAAACACUUUGGCAAGACGAAGGUGUGAAAGCCUGCUACGAGAGAUCUAACGAGUACCAGCUGAUCGACUGCGCGCAGUAUUUUCUAGACAAGAUUGACAUAGUCAAACAAAAUGAAUACACACCGUCUGACCAGGAUCUUCUCAGAUGCAGAGUUUUGACAUCAGGAAUUUUUGAAACCAAGUUUCAGGUGGAUAAAGUAAACUUUCAUAUGUUUGAUGUCGGAGGGCAACGAGAUGAACGCCGGAAGUGGAUCCAGUGUUUUAAUGAUGUGACUGCUAUCAUAUUUGUGGUGGCGAGCAGUAGCUACAACAUGGUUAUACGAGAGGACAAUCAGACCAAUCGGCUUCAAGAAGCACUAAACCUCUUCAAGAGUAUCUGGAACAACAGGUGGCUACGGACCAUUUCAGUUAUUCUUUUCCUGAAUAAACAAGAUUUGCUAGCAGAGAAAGUUUUGGCAGGGAAAUCUAAAAUUGAAGACUACUUUCCAGAAUUUGCUCGCUACACUACACCAGAUGAUGCAACACCAGAGCCUGGUGAGGAUCCCAGAGUUACAAGGGCCAAGUAUUUUAUUAGAGAUGAGUUUCUUAGAAUCAGCACAGCGAGUGGAGAUGGAAGGCACUAUUGCUACCCUCACUUCACGUGUGCGGUGGAUACAGAGAACAUCCGGAGGGUUUUCAAUGACUGUCGGGACAUUAUUCAGCGCAUGCACCUUCGCCAAUACGAGUUGUUGUGAUGGAGAGCACUUUUUUCUGUGUUUUGGACUCCUUAUUCCUUAUUAAAAAAAAAGAAAAAAAAAAAACAAACCCACCCUUGCCCACAUAUGGUGGAAGAGAACUGUUUGAAUCUCCCAUUGAUUUGCACCCCUCAACUUUUUCUCCUUGCUGGACAAUAGCAGCACUUCUAAGCUUGUUUCUGUACCCCUCGGACAGUUUGAGAUGGCCCCUAACAUUUAAAAGGCCAUUUCCAUGAGGAUUCCCUAACACUGUUAUUAACCAAAAAGGAAGGAAAAAAAAAAAAAGAUAAAUAAAAACUAAUUAAUUAAAAGCCCUGAAUGUGGAGCA